AUAGGCAGCCGCGCCCAGAGCUGAAACAAAAGGAGGGGAUAAGGUAAAGACAGGCAAAACGAGAGAGAGCAGAGCAGAGCCGAGAGCCGCCAGAGAGUGAAAAGAGAUGGCAAGCACAGCCGGAGCCGGAGCCGGAGCCAGAUGCCACCUUCUCUCCCCCAUCCCCAUGGCUGCUGGAGCUGCUGCUGGUGCUAGCAGCAGGAGAAGGAGAUGCGUGUUGUCAGCAGCAUCAGGAGGAGGAGGAGGCGGGCGCAUGGUGGGCCGGCGGCCCAUCGAGGACGUGUACAAGGUCCGCGUGGAGCGCGGCGCGACGGCGCAGGCGCGCGUAGAGGCGCUGCGGGUCAUGGAGACGUGGUCCGCGUGGCGCACCGGCGGCCGCUGCCACAUGCCCUGGGACUGGCAGGUGGACCAGCUCGUCUACGUCGUCUCCGGCGAGGUCCGCGUGCUGCCCACGGGGGCCACCACGGGGGAGGAGUACAUGCACUUCGUCGCCGGCGACCUCGUCAGGUACCCCAAGUGGCUCGAGGCCGACCUCCACUUCGACGGGCCCUACGAGGAGCGCUACCGGUUCCUCGCAUACGGCGACGACAACUGAAGAACAACAAGAAGAAGAGCUCAUCAGUUUUUGCCCUUUUGCCUGUACCAAUCAAUCAGCUCCCUUGUUCUUAGUAGUCGCUUCUGUAGCUUUCAUUCGAGUUAUAUAGACAGUUAUUCAUUUUUUCAUCAUUGAUGAUGCGGUUUGGUUGCGGUGAUGAUGCAACAAACAACCUCUUACAGCUUCAAUUGCAUUUGACA